AUGAAGUCAAUUAAGAACAGUUUGAACCAUAUUCAUAAGACUACGAAAACAAAACGCUUACAGCGACUAAGUAAAUACAAUUUUAUUGGUCCAGUGAAGAGAGUCCGAUAUAAGCCGAGGUCUUUUGUCAAAUCUACCACUUUUACAUGUCAAGAAUCUAUUGCGACUUAUGAAUUGCCAAACCCCCCACCAUAUAUACCGGUAUUCGAACCAAACUCGUCAUCAAACGGACCUCCACUGCAGUUCACAUCUGAUUUCAUAUCACUUUGCAUGGAUGCUUUCAAAUAUGUCUACGCCAGUAAAUACUUUAAAAAUUAUGCGUCUCGUUACUUAUUGCCGAUGACUUGCGAUUUCAUGAACAUGUAUUACAUGCUCGAGAGCAAACCAGUUCCUACAAACGAAUUGAAGUACUAUCCUGCAGCAGCUCAAACCGUGUUGAUUACGACACCUAAUCCUGUUGCUCCUGCUGCUACUGCUGCUAAUGCUGCUACUUCUACUUCAGCUGCUGCCGUUACUGUUGAUAGUGAAGAUAUGUGUGUUGAUACUGAUUCUACACUGGAUUUGUCCUCUUUGAAGAAAGGCCUGCAGGAAAUUAAUGAGAAAAUAAAUAAAGAAGAUAUUACAUACAAACUUUUCUGCGAAACUAUUAUUGAUAUACAGAGAGAAAAGUUUUUGGAGUACUUGAGACACUGUGAAGACGAAGGCUCGCUUCCAGGACUCAAUAUUAAUCAUGAUUUCGAACCCCUUAUUAAAUGGAUUCCGCAGUAA